AUGACUACUACAUCACGCUAUCAAUCAUCAGAUAAUUCAGAUCAUUCGUUGACAAACUCCUUAAUAACAGAUGAAAAUAACUCAUUGACUGAUUAUAAUGAUGAUGAAGAUGAUACCCCUAUGACCAAUUCGUCAGCUUCUGCGUCAGCAUCAGACUCACAGACUGAUGAGUCAAUACACAGCCAUCAGGGCCAUCAGGGCCAUCAGGGCCAUCAGAGCCACCAGAGCCAUCAAAACACGCAGCAGCUGCCUAGCAUCAGCGCAAAGCCUCCUUAUUUUAAACCACCAUCAUUCAAUUUAGGAGCAGAACAAUCAAAUAGAAUAUACCCGGGGAUAUCUACAUCUAACAAGAGAGUUGCAUCACCACUAUCUCGAUCGCCAGUAAUAAAAGCAGUACAACCACAACAUCUACCUCCCCCCAGUAUAUGUCCACUUCCCCACCUGCAUCCACACCUGCAUCCACACCUGCAUCCACACCCACACCCACACCCACACCCGCACAGACUUGAAAACAACAAGAAAACUCCUUCAUCUGAACAAUUUGCACCAUCACCCAUCCCUAGAAUAGAUAUAAACCAAAGUAGUCAGCAACAAAUGCAGCACAAUGACAAUUUACAGGAUCUUUUGAAAUUUCCAUCAGAGUCAUCCCAUGCUUAUUCAUAUGCACAUUUAUCACCUAAUUCAUUAGCACUUCGACUUAAUGUUUUAAAACGUUCAUUAGAGAUUUUAAAAGAUAGACCAGAAUUGUUUAAAUCUAUAACAAAUCAAGAUCAUUAUGAACAAGAAUCAACACCUUUACAAAGAUCAAUAACAAAUACAAUUAUAGAUGAUACUUCAAUAAUGGAUAGUAUCAAAAACGAUACAGCAGGAACAGUCAGAUCAAGUAUAUUUUCUCAUCCAAACCAUAGUGCUGACUAUAUCCAUGAUGUGUCAUCACCUACAACUGCUGCCAAAACUAUGGACAAGAAGAAAUAUAAACUUCAAUCAAAUGCAUCAUCAGCUGCAUUGGCAGCUUUGUUUAAACCAUCGCUACAAAGAUCCGAUAGUCUUCCCAUUGUAACCAAAGAUGCAAGGAAGUUUUCAGCACCACCAAAUUUGCAACAAGAUACCAUUAGUGACAAGAAAAUGCAUCAACAACAAGGAUCAACAGAUGACUAUAAAGAUAUCAUAGAUUUGCUAGAGCAUGAUUUGGACUCUUUGAUGAAAAAUUCCCAAGUUGCAACAUCAUUACAUGACUUGUCACUUUCAACCCACGAUGAUCAAAAUAAAAUCAAAUAUGACCUCUUGAAAAAGAAAUUGAUUUAUGCUUUGGCCAUGCCGUUUGUGGAAAACUCUACCGUGACUUCAGAAUUAUUAGAAAAUAGCAUCAAAGACCCAUCAUCUACAGCUUCACCAAUGACAACCACUUUCUCUACAGUUGCAUUGAAAGAACUUGCCCGAAUCGAUCAAAUGAAUGACAAGUCACUGACUCAAUCACCAAUAACACCCACCACCAAACAAGAACAAUUCAACGCCAAACGUCCAUUCAAUUCCAUGCUUACGAGUAAAUAUUCAUCACCACAAUCAAUCUUUACGGUUGAAGCUGACUUGCCGUGGUCAGUCAAAGCAGCAAACGAUUUAGCAUGUCUUAUGUUUGGAAUAUCAAAAACAACGAUUAAGGCAUUGACUUUGAUGGAUUUGAUUGCACCACAAUUCCGCGAUUUUGUCUUGUCAAGGAUAACUGAAUACACCUUUGAAAAUAGUCGUAAAGACUCGAUUCUUUUUGCAGGGGAAAUUGUUGCCAUUGUUCGACCUGGUGAUCAAAAUUAUUCUUGGACUUCACUUUGGGCAAAGAAAAAGGGUAAUUUAAUUAUUUGUAUGUUUGAUCAAAUACCAUGCGAUGCAUUUGAUGUGAUUAUCCUGGGUAUUGGCAAUAAAAAAGAUGGUGGGUUUUUCGGGAACUCGUAUAAUAUUGAUAGUUUCCAUGAAGUUGCCGGUAACUUGGCAUCCGUGUAUGGCAUAGACAAGAUUGGAACGUUAAGUGAACUAAGUGAAACAAUGAGUAAUGAAUUGAUGAAUUAUGGGACAGGUAAUGACGAAGAGAAGAGUGCUGCCCAUGAUAGUGAGUUUAUCAACCAUACAAGAUAUUUCACAAUACAAGUUGAUCAAGGAAGUGAAAACAUUCCCUGUGCUAUUACAUCAACUGCCCUUUUGUUGGACGAUGACACUGGAUCACAAAUUAAGUUGAAGAUCCACACGAUGCCAUACAUUGCUGGUAUUUUUGUGUUGAAUGCCACCGAUUUCACCAUCUUGUCAUGUAAUAAUGCCAUAGCCAAGAAUCUUUUUGGCCGAUCAGCCAAGUACUUGCAUAAUCGUUGUAUUGAUGUGUUAAUCCCCAAUUUCACAAAGAUUUUAAGCGUCGGUCUCGAAAAGAAUAUAGAAACUUUCCAAGUUGUUAAUGGAUUAGUAUUACCUGAACACUUCUUUAGGAAAUACGAUUCAGUGAUAAAGUAUCAAGAGCAAGCCGCUGAAGACAAUGAAUCCGAAGAGGAUAUAUUCUUCAAAUGUCCUGGAAUUGAAGGUAAACAUCGUGAUGGUAAGACUUUGUAUGUUGAUGUUCAAGCACGAGUAUCUACUGAUAACGCAUUGAUUUUGUGGGUGACUUAUUCCCGAACUAAAAGAGAUUCAAGUUUGACUUCUGAGCUUGAAGCCCUAAGCUCUUCAGCAUCGUCAAUGUCAUUAGCUUCCACCGAUGAUCAUUCAGUGGUAUCAGUACCCUCGCGAACUCAAACGCAAUCGAACUUGUUGAAUCUGGGAGAAGGUAUACAACUCCACGCACAUCAAGCACAGCCCCAACCACAACUUAAUCAUCAUCUACAUCCUAACCAUGCGGCUCUUGCCCGUACUAGAACUCAUACUGGUGGAUCUACUGCGUCAGCCAACAACAUCCCCUCACAACGCAAAUUGUUUGAAGAUGGUAAAGAAGAAGAUUUGUUGGAAUUUUCACCAAGAGAAGUGACUCGUUCACUGAGUACGCGAAGAGUGAAGACUCUGUCUUUUGCCAUGCCCAUGACUAGCUUGGAUAGUUUUAUUUACAAAAAGACCAAAGAUGAUGAAAUUAAAGAUGAUGAUACUAGCAAAUUUCAGGAUAUUGAGUCGAUUGAACUGAAGCAUAUGGUAACACCUGAUGAUCUAGAUUAUAAUAUCUCAUCUACUGCAUAUUCCGAGGAGGAAAUUCUAGCAUUAGAGAAUCAAUCGUUAGACACAAUCAAAGCUGAAUCAACCCAUUGGCCUAAAGAAGUUGGUUUGGCUAGACGUUCCAAGAAAUUUUCCGAAUUUAAAAUCAUUAAACAAAUGGGGGAAGGUGCGUAUGCUAAAGUUGUCUUGGCUCAACAUAAGGAUGACCCCGUGUACAAAAUCAUUAUCAAAUGUAUUGAUAAAGAAAGAAUUCUCGUUGAUACAUGGGUCCGUGAUCGUAAAUUAGGAACCAUACCCAGUGAAAUUCAAGUUAUGGCAUUUCUAAACUCAGAACCCCAUCCAAAUAUUAUUCGAAUUCUUGACUUUUUUGAAGAUCUGAAAUAUUAUUAUCUCGAAACUCCCAUUUUUGGUAAUCCACCAGCAAUUGAUUUAUUUGAUUUUAUUGAAGUUAAAAAGGAUCUUUCUGAAUUUGAAUGUAAAUUCAUUUUCAAACAAAUUGUAUCGGCAGUUUAUCAUUUACAUAAAGAAGGUAUUGUUCAUCGUGAUAUCAAAGAUGAGAAUAUUAUUGUUGAUGAAAAGGGGUUCAUCAAAUUGAUUGAUUUUGGAUCGGCUGGAUAUGUGAAACAAGGUCCAUUUGAUGUGUUUGUCGGAACUAUUGAUUACGCAUCACCGGAAGUAUUACGAGGUGAGAAAUAUGAAGGCAAACCACAAGAUAUUUGGGCAUUGGGAAUUUUGUUGUAUACUAUGUUGUACAAGGAGAAUCCAUUUUAUAAUGUUGAUGAAAUCAUGGAGGGGGAUUUACGGAUUCCUUAUGUUAUUAGUGAUUUGAGCUUGUCGUUGGUUAAGGGGAUUUUGGUUCGUGAUGUUGAUAAGAGGCCUACAAUUACUGAUAUCUUUGAAGAUGAUUGGUUAAAGUCCUAG